GGUUAUUCUACAUAAAUAUCUCCUAAAAUUUCUCAUAUAUAAAGGCUUCAUUUGUACAUUUUGGAUUUUGUUUUUGAAGGAUCAGAAAAAGGGAAGAAUUGAAAGACUUUGAAGAGAGUUCAAAGAUCGACUAUGGCGAGAGGCUCGUUGUUGGCAUCACUCCUAAUUGCUCAACUAAUUAUACUUAAUUGUGAGGGGAUUAACAUUAACGAGGUCCCCUUCACAUCUGUUGCAGAUGCAAUACCAGAAAGGGCAGUUUGUAUCGACGGAUCCCCAGCGGGCUAUCACCAUGAUCUUGGAUUCGGAGACGGAGUUAAUAAUUGGAUAAUUUAUUUAAUGGGUGGUGGAUGGUGUAACAAUUAUUUAACAUGCCAGCAAAGAAGGAAGAGUCCUCUUGGAAGCACUAAGAAUAUUAAACCUACGAAUUUUGGUGGCAUUCUUAGUCCAAACCGUGGCAUUAAUCCAGAUUUUUUUAAUUGGAAUCGAGUACAUGUUCACUACUGCGAUGGCUCGUCUUUUAUUGGAGAUACGGCGGUAAUUCAUCUGGGACCUCACCUCCAACUUAGGGGGUCAAGAAUUUUUAGAGCAAUAACAAAUGAGCUGUUGGAGAAAGGAAUGAAGAAUGCAAAAAAUGCUCUACUUGUUGGUGGCUCGGCGGGAGGAUUAUCUGCAAUUUUAAAUUGUGAUAAUUUUCGAGCUAAUUUAGGUAAUGUCAGCAGAGUAAAAUGCGUAUCUGAUGCUGGCUUCUUCAUUCGAGCAAAGAAUGUCCCUUACGCUGGUAAAAGGGAACGGCGUUUUAAUUCUGUUGUUAGGUUUCAUAAUUUGGCCAGUUUCUUACCGAAAUUGUGCACGUCAAGAAUGAGAUCCGGUUUAUGUCUAUUUCCUGAAAAUCUGGUUGAAGAUAUCCAAACGCCAUUGUUUUUAAUAAAUAGCGUCUUUGAUCGGGUUCAAAUAACGCGUAAUCUGAAACCUCGGGAGCUGCGUGACAUCAAGGGAUGGAAAAAUUGUACCAAGGAUCUGUCUAAAUGCACACAUCCUCAAAGGAAACUUAUAAAGGAUUUUGGAAAGGCAUUCCAUGAAACAUUGAUGAAUAUUGGUGAUAAUCCAUCAAGAGGAUUAUUUAUCCACGCGUGUUAUGCUCAUACCUAUAUGGAAUCAAAUGAAUUUUGGAAUUCAAGUGGGUCACCCAAAUUAGGAAAUAAGACUAUUUCACAUGCCGUUGGAGACUGGUACUUUGAUCGGAGGGUUGUCAAAUUAAUAGACACUAAUACUGAUUUUCCAUUUAAUUGUUUAGCCUAUGAUUAAUGUGUUUUUGGUCUCCUCUGUCACUCAUAAAUCAGGAAAUUACAGUUUAUAGUUUAUUGCAUUUUUAUUUUUAUUAUAUUUUUCUGGCGAAGGAAAUUGCGGUUUUUUUUCCAUCGGUGUAAGAUUGAAUUGAUCCAAUUGUUGAAAUAAGUAGGAGUAGUAUUUUACUUGAAGCUGGACACUGUUGUGAGAAU